GUCAGAUAGUACCAUAAUGAUCUCUUCUUGUAUUCUUUCAUUCUUUGUGAUAUGGGUACCACCUGUUCUCAGAAUGUAAGGAAGUCGAUAAGAUUCUGGUUAACCCGUGCUUUUUCUCAUUAGGUAUUCUCGGUCAAAAUGCAAUUAGGCUCUCUAAUGUGUUGUGUAUGGUGAGCUAGUGAGGUCGUUCCAGAGGUGAUUGCCCCCAGUGGUACUGCCUAUGAGGAUAGAUGAACUAGUAUUAGAAGUUUGAUGCUGUAAUUCGAGCAAUGCUGAUUUUUUGCUUUCACUUAGUUACUAAAUGGGUUUCUUAAAAUCUGCGAUUGCUGGCAAGAUGUUAAAUUGCUUUUGUUCUAAAGCCUACCCUGUGCGCUGUAAGAUCGUAUUCCUGGAUGAAACAGAGCUGGUGCACGAACUCCCGAACAACAGCAUAGGACAAGAAUUGCUGGAUGUUGUAUUCCGUCAUUUGAAUUUGUUAGAAACAGCUUAUUUCGGGCUUCGCUAUCUAGACGAGAAUGGGCAAACUCAUUGGCUGGAUCCCACGAAAAAGAUAAACAAACAGAUUAAAGGGGCUGAUCCAUUCACGUUUUAUUUUGGUGUGAAGUUCUAUGCUGCAGAUCCAUGCAAGCUGUUGGAGGAAAUCACCAGGUACCAGUUUUUCCUUCAAAUCAAGCAAGACAUCCUACAAGGAAGGCUUUUAGUACCUUUCGAGCUAUCAGCUGAGCUAGGCGCUUAUAUCUUACAAUCCGAGCUUGGAGACUAUGAUCCAAGACGCCACAGUCCCGGUUAUGUUUCAGAAUUCCGGUUAUUCCCCAAUCAAAGUGUCGAACUUGAGAUGAGGGUUGCAGAACUUCACCAAACCUUGAUGGGUCAACUACCGGCUCAGGCUGAAAUGAACUAUCUGGACAAAGUGAAAUGGUUGGAAAACUAUGGUAUCGACUUGCAUCCAGUUGUGGGUGAAGAUCAUGUAGAAUACUUUUUAGGACUCACUCCAAGCGGAAUCAUAGUUUUAAGAAACAAAACUACAGUUGGAAACUAUUAUUGGCCUAGAAUAACUAAAAUCUAUUUCAAAGCUAGGUUCUUUAUGUUACGCGUUACAGAUAAGAAUAACGACGAUUGUACGUAUGGUUUUGAGACCCCUUCCAAAUCAGCUUGUAAGCACCUCUGGAAAUGUUGUGUGGAACAUCAUGCGUUUUUUAGAUUGGUUCAAGUUUCUCCCACAUCGCCCGAUAUCUUUUCUCUAAGCUCCAAGUUUAGGUACAGCGGAAGAACCGAGAAGCAGGCAGUAAGAGAUGCUCAGAUGAAACUAAGACAACCUCCGUCUUUCUCCAGGAAACCUUCCAGGAGAUUUUCUAGAAGGUCUACCGUGACUCCUCCCAAUGUAUCUGAGAGCCCAGAAAUAGUGGAAUCAACACCUAUUCAGCACCAACAGGAAAUAAAGCAUAUCUCAUUGCCGUUACCAGCAGACUCUUUCGAAACUAGUUACAAUGCAACUGUUCAAAAAACGUAUGACUCGCCUCACAGUACUAGAAGUGCACCUUGGUCUCAACCUCAUUCAAGAGGGUUAUAUAAUAACAGCUCUGCACCAGCUAGUCCUAGGUCUGUGAGGUCAGGUCGCUAUAGAUCUUCCAGUGUAGACAGUCAAAGCUCAAACGACUCCAAAGGCUCAAAUAAAAGAAGAAGGCAUCGCAGCAAAACAUCAGAUAACGAAAGUGAGCUUUCCAAGAGCUCAUCUAAGUCUAAGAGGAAACAUCGACGUAGGAAAUCAAGGAGUCGUAGGGAGUCAGGUUCUGAGUUUGAUCUUAAAUCAGAAAGAAGGUGUAGAAAAUCAGAAUCGAAUUACGAGCUCAUUGACUCAGGGCAGCAAUGGCAAAAAGUCCAAAACACUAUUUCUAAGGAUGGAAACAGCAACACCAUACAAAAAGCUAACGUAAUAAGCAACAAAAGUAAGAGUGGUGGUGGGGAAUAUAGCACUGGUACCAAUACAGCUAGAAGAAAAAACCGAAAACAUAGAUCUAGAUCAAGAUCUCCAGUUGAGCCAAAACCAUGGCUUACGAAUGAGCUAAAACAGCAUUUAGAAUUUGAUUUGAUUGAUACUUCGGGUAUGAGUGAUGUGCAAUUGAAAGAAAUUCCUUACACCGUUGUAGAGACAAACUAUUCAAAACAUAUAAAACUGAAACACUCUAAUUCAUCGAGGAGCGAUGAGAAAGCUAAGACGAGUGCAAAUACGUCAUAUCCUCAUACUUAAGCUGUUAAACAUAACCUUGCAAACUAUCGUAUUAGACAUAACAAUUUGUCCAUUUUAAUGAAAAUCUUGUACAUACAUCAUUACUCUCUAGAAUGGACUCGUUAGUCAAUGUUUAUUGAAUAAUGAUUAAGCUUAUGUUUCAUCAUUCGGACUGCAAAAAGUUUGCAAGAGAUAAAAGAAAUUGGUGGUUUGAGACACCCACCUUUUUAUCUUCAGCUUUGAUGAUUGAUAGUAGUUCAAAAACGUUGCGUUUCUCAAAAAAAACAAAUCAUGCAAACCAACCAUUUAAAAAUCCUCUAGAUUUCCAAUCUUGUAAAUACUACUCAUAUUGUAGGCGGCAUUUUUGUUUCUUCCUCAACAUUACCUCCUUUAAUGCCAGAAUAUCUUUAUGCUCGUUUGCACCGUCUUGGUAAGGUCAACUUUGAGCUAAACACAACCUUAACUGUCUGCCAACUUUUUGUUAAAUUAGAAACUGCGGGGAUAUGCAAAGCUCUUCAAAGUUUUAGUAAUUCGUUAGAAAUAACAAUCAAGUUUUACCAUGAAGCGUGAUGCAUUUCACAAAAACAACUGAAUGCUUUUUAAGGAUGCGAAUACGUCAGAAUCUUUUUAACCUGAUAAGGAUGAUCCAAAGCAAGUACCAGAUGAUAGAUAUUGUAUUUACAGCAGCAAAUAUAAGCCAUGUUCUAGCAAUAAUUUUCAAACGGUUUGCAGCCAUCAAAUUCAGUUGAUCAAAAGAAUUGUUUAAAAAAGUCACAUUUGGCUACAUAAACAGAAUAAUUGUAAACAACUUAGAACUAGUAAAUUCACGCCAUAUGGUGUAUGAUGUAAAUGCUGGGCAACCUAUAAUUGUAGAUUUAACAAGUGAUUUCUCAAUUUUACUUUAAUUUUUGUCAAUGUUUUCUGGUCUUUU